GGCGGGCGGGGCUUGGCCUGGCGAGGAGGGGCAGCGGCCGCGGCCUCAGCAUCGGCUCGGGACUGGGCUCCCUCGCUCUCUGCUCUCGCUCAGCCCCUGCCCCAGGCGGCUCCGACGCCCGCACAGCCGCGGGCCCGAGCGGCCAGUGUUUGCAUGGACAAUCAGCAGAGUGACCAUUAAGGCAGCUGGGAAGCAAAGGAAUGUGAAGAUCCCACCAGUCCCAGGUGCUCCGUCUGGGAGAAGUCGGCAGGAGAUAUGGGUCUGAGCAAGGAAGAGGGCUGUACCCGGCGACCUCCCAUCAAGGCCCACUCGGAGCCCCCAGAACCCACCGGCCGAGUCAUCACUAUUGUUUUCCUGGCCCUGCUGAUUGACUUACUGGGCUUCACACUUAUUCUUCCCCUCUUGCCUUCCAUCUUGGAUCACUAUGGCAGAUCCAAUGACCCUUUUUACCAGUCUUUACAGCAGGGUGUGGACUGGUUUGCUGCGACGGUUGGUGUGCCUCCUGAGAGGAAAUAUAACAGCGUUUUAUUUGGAGGCUUGAUUGGCUCCAUCUUUUCCAUCCUGCAGUUUUUCUCCUCUCCUCUCAGUGGGGCAGCAUCGGAUUCCUUUGGGAGACGGCCAGUCAUGUUGCUGACUUUGGUGGGACUGAUCAUGUCCUACGCAUUGUGGGCCCUCUCCAAAAGCUUCGGAGUCUUUCUGCUCUCCAGGGUCAUUGGAGGAAUCAGCAAAGGCAAUGUUAGCCUUUCCACAGCCGUCAUUGCAGAUCUGAAUUCACCUCAGGCUCGGAGCAAGGGAAUGGCCAUGAUCGGGGUGGCUUUUUCCCUGGGCUUCACCAUCGGCCCGAUGAUCGGGGCCUUCCUGGCAGGGGAGACGGCUAAAGGAGACCGCUUCUACCUUCACGCGGCCUUGUGGGCGCUGAUGUUCGCCAUCUCUGACCUAGUGUUUGUUUUCUGCUUUCUUCCGGAGACCCUCCCCAGGGACAAACGGGUUUCUUCUGUUCUAUCUGGGUUCCAAGCUGCCUCUGACUUACUCAGCCCAGUCGCCUUAUUCCAGUUUUUGGCUGUCACCAGAGGGAAGGACUCCCCCUCCAGAGACAAACUCCAGGAUCUCAAAGUCUUGGGUCGUGUCUAUUUCCUCUAUCUCUUCCUGUUUUCCGGCCUGGAGUACACGCUGAGCUUCCUCACACACCAGCGCUUCCAGUUCAGCAGCAUGCAGCAGGGGCAGAUGUUUUUCUUUAUCGGGAUCACCAUGGCAGUCGUCCAAGGAGGCUAUGCUCGACGGAUCAAGCCAGGCUGUGAGAUUCAAGCUGUGAAGCGGGCCAUCUUACUCUUGAUCCCAGCAUUCCUGGUUAUCGGAUGGGCCUGGAACGUGACUAUGCUGGGUGUGGGGCUGCUCCUGUAUGCCUUCGCUGCUGCCAUCGUGGUACCUUGUCUGUCAGCCGUAGUCUCUAGUUAUGGCUCAGCAAGUCAAAAAGGUACAAUAAUGGGGACACUGAGGAGCCUGGGAGCUCUGGCCAGAGCUAUGGGACCCAUUGUCUCAGCAACAGUGUACUGGCUGGCUGGGGUCCAAAUGUGCUUCACUAUAUGCUCAGCCAUGUUUCUUCUCCCUAUCCUCCUCCUUGGCAGUCUGAAGCAGCAAACCAAAGCUGAGUGACUGCUUUUCUCCCGAGGUGCCAGUGACGUGAGGCCAUUUGUCAGCACCUCAGGCAUCACAGCCAACAUAUGGCUACACCUGACAGAAGCACUCAAAGAGAAAUCUGCCAUGAAAUAGACUGAUCCCAGCUGUUUCAGUUGUCAUCAUUAAGGAAGGGUUGUCUUCUUCAGUAUUGGGACCUAUGGAUGGUAGAGACUUGAUUUUGAUGAAACUGAACAUCAGUGACAAAAACUGACUGUGGUCUGUAAUAUUUGGGAUAAAGUAACAGUCGGGGGUUGAUAAAACCAUUAAGUCAUUUAUGAUACUAUGCAUUUUGCCUCUCAGUUUUUGAGCCUGAGAAUUUUGUAUUCUCAAGGCUUCUUGUGAGUCUCAAAGUUAUGGUGCCUUUAUUCUUUUCUGGGCUGGUUCAUUUAAGAUGAUGGUGAUAUCACCACUAGUUGACUGCAGCCCAGUGGGAAGAGUCUUAGAGGUGGUUUACCUCCAGAAUAGGCUAGCAAUCAGAGCUCUCUUUGUUGCCUUCAUGGUAUAAGUGGUUGGAAGCCACAUAGACUUGGUUUCUUAUGGUAAUCACCAAAAAUAGGGAUGAGUUGAUUUUGCCUUUUUCUAUAAAAAAGUUAAACUGGCCAAUAGCAGCAGCAUUGGCUACUAAUAUUGAGAAAACUAGUGGCUAUAAAAUUGUCAUGGUAUGUAAACAACAUUUAGAUCAAGGUACUGAGAGUCACAGUGUAAUUUUGACAAAUUAUGUAUAUCAGAUUAAAGUUAUUUUGCAAAUUGA